CAUCACCCCAUACACCUAUUCAAAUCCUUCCGACAUCCAUCCAAUUCCACAUUCGCUGUGUUUGCAUUGCAGCGGAAACCCCGACACCCCGAAUCCCGCGGGAUUACCAUAACAAGGAUUCGUGUGUUCAGUCGCCAAGUCACACGCAGCAGCUUUAUUGAUAAUUUGCCGGGCCCCCUUCGUCGCCGGUCGCACCAUGUCGCCGGACCCGGUGAGAUUUCGCUGUGCCUUCGCUGGCUGCAGCCGGUCGUACAAGAGAAAGGAGCAUCUUUUGCGACACCAACGAGACCAUGCCAAUCGUCGACCCUUCGCUUGCAAAGCUUGUCAAGCGGCAUUUAAUCGGAGAGACUUGUUAGCUCGUCAUCUGGUGUUGAGCCAUAGUGAGCCACCCCUCCAAGUCGACGACUGCGAACAAGUCAAUGAAUCUCCUAUCGCGGACGAUGGUACCAAAACCAAUCCCGAUAAGCAAAUAGGGGCUGUGUCUACCACUGAGGGUGUGGCUGUGGUUGAAGGCUUGGACCUACUAGGUGCAUCAUCAUUGCUCGAAGCAACGAAUCGAUCUGAACUCUUGGCACUCUAUUUCAGCGAUUUUCAUCCACAUUGGCCCGUCUUGCAUGAAAAGUCCUUCCGAGGUUCGCCGCAACCGCCUAAACUAAUGGUGGCCGUGCUUGUUACAGGCCUAUGGAUGUUGAAAACACCCGAGGCGCAGGCGAAAGCGACAUCCUAUCAUGAUGCUUUACUCGAAGAACUUGAGGAAGAUAUGGCUAGUAAUGCCCACCUAUCACUGAAUCCGCGACCAGAGCUACUUGUCGGUUUUCAGACAUUAAUGAUCUUGACCAUCGUUUCAACAUUCAAGCUAAAUGGUAGCUUCUUCGCGGUAAUGGUAUUUGCCAAGAUCGUGUUUCGAUACUUCGAUCGGGGCGGUGUACAUGAUCAAGCUAAGAUUGAUGCUGCGUCUUCGGACCUGAUCAUUCGGGAAAGCUAUCAACGGCUUGCGCUAGUACAUUUCAAGUUACAUGUCCAUAUAAGCUCUCUCCAGCUCACCUUCCUUCCCCAAGUCAAGCCUUUUGACUUCUUCCACCCUCAACUCCUCAGAGUCCGCGUUCCAUCAACAGAUAGCAUAUGGAAAGGGGCAUCCAUAGACAACCAAGAUGUACUUGGCUCUUCCUUUCUUGUUGGAAGCUUGUUUGAUCAAUCUUCGGACUUGAAUAGUCGCAGGUAUAUUUCUCUGGUCGUGGCGUGGGACUUUCCACUUGGGAUGAUUCUCGGGUGUUUUUUAACUAGGCAACCUAGUGAGAGCUAUGUCUCUGUCCUACAGAGAAUAAAGCCCUACAUAUUUUCUCAUUCGUAGGGGGACCAUUAAUGUCAAUUAUCACUAGCACUGCACGAUUCUACCUCAUAACAAGUUCGGGAAUGCAUCUGGUAGAUGGCGUCUCAUGGAACUGAGUGACGUUCCAUAUUCCGAAUCUUCAAC